UCGAAUCCAAUCCAAUCAAUCGAAUGCUGCAAGAAAAUCCAACGCGCGCCACCGACACACGCGACGACCACCUCUCUACCUCGCCGCAUCCUUCGAUCCCCUCCUCUUUCACUGGUGCCCAGCGCUCGCCCGUCUCCACCCAACUGAACUUGACUUGCGCCGCCGCCGCCGCGGGGAAGCCUCCGAAUAAACUCGCAGCCGCGGGGCCUCUCCGGCGAUGCUCGGGGCUGCCCAGGGAGGAUACUAGGGGCGGAUUUCGAGGGCGACACGGGGGGUGUCGCUUGCUCCGGUCCGAGUCCGACGCUGCUGAGCCAUCCACGGACCUCAACCCUAGGUAUCGCUUUAUCGAAUGAGCGUUCAUUCGCCUCUCCUUUCUCUGUCCCUUUUUUUUUGGGAUCUAGAUGGGGCCAUGGUUUGCUCUGUUUCUGUUUUUUUUUUUUUGGUUCUAAAAAAUUCGUCACGGGCUCAUGGCUAGACGUACGGGGUGUUGUGGUGUAUUUUGGAUAGCCGAACAGCACGAAUUCUCAAUUGGCUAGAUUACGGUUGGAUUCCUGAAUAGCCGACCUGCAAUUUGGGUGGAUUAGGUUUGGUUCCUGGAUAGCCUACCUGGGAUGGGUUAAGCUUAGAUUCUGUGGAAGUAGAAUUUUGGUUGAUUAUCAGGGGCUUAGAGUUGAAUUCAGUGAGGAAUUUUCGUUUUCUUAGAUUUAGGCGUAUUAUGAUUUAGGGAGGUUUCGUGAGGAAUGGGAUUUUUAUUUUGCUGGUUACUGUUUGAUUUCGGUAGGAAUUUGAAGUUGAGGUGAUUGUGGUUGCAAAAGAGAGAGAAUCUGGAUGUGUGCCAUCUUUCUAUUAUUUAGGUCGUUGAUUGCUUAAGUUUCAAUCUAAUGCUAAAUUUAUUGUAUUACCAUUCUAUAACUUUUGUCUAACACCCCUGGUUUAAAAUUUUCAUGUGGAACCUGCUAUGGAUUGGUUGGGAUAUUUUCAUGAGAUCUCUUCAUCAAAGCAUGAUCUGUGCUGUUAUUACAAUAUAAAUGGUGCACGUUGCUCUUGUUUACACUUAUCUGUGAUUUGUUAAUCUUCUGUUAAACAAUUUGCUCCCUAUGUUUGUCCUGCCCUGAAAUCUGGACUUGUUUAGCACAAAUGGUGCAUUUUCUGAGACAUGUGAAUGGCUUUAUCUCUAGGUCUAUGGUUUAAUUUGGCGUAGGUUGAUUUUUGAUUCUAUACUUUUGUUUCCCUAUCAUUUGACGCUUUACACACAAAAAAAAAAACUUCACCGUUAUUGACUGACUGGCAUUGAAUAUGAAGCAUCUAGCUGUAAUAGUUUCUCAGCCAUUAGUAUGGUUACGAGUUGUUAUGCCAUACUGAUUGUAUUUAUCCUUUUUUUCCUGGAGUGGGCAAGGGAAGCUGUUUUUGUUUUUAUUCAUCCUCAGUAAAAAUUUUCAUCUAGAUCAGAUUAUGUUUCCUUUGUUUGCAAGUGAUGUUUAAAAGAGAAAAAAAAAUAACAUGUGGGGGCUAAAUCAGUGAACAAUAUAAAAUUUUUCAUGAAAUGCUGGUGAAAAGCAGAUAAGGUGUGGCUUGAGCAUAGUAAGUUUUGACCUAUAGUGAGGCUGUACAAAUCUUCUGAUGUCAAUCAUCUUGAUAAUGAUAAAUGCAUGAGUUCUUGCGCUUUAGUUCAAAGACCUCCACCCUGGCGCGCUGCCGUGGCGCCUGGCGAUGGCAUGGUGGCCGUGGACGGCACGCAGUUCGUGGUGGACUGCGGCAGGACGAUCUUCUUCAGCGGGUUCAACGCGUACUGGCUGAUGAUGAUGGCGGCCGACCCGGCGCUGCGCGGCGCAGUGGCGACGGCGUUCCAGCAGGCAUCGGCGCACGGGCUCAACCUGGCAAGAACGUGGGCCUUCAGCGACGGCGGCGACCAGCCGCUGCAGUCGUCGCCGGGCGUCUACAACGAGACCAUGUUCCAGGGGCUGGACUUUGUGAUCGCCGAAGCAAGGCGGCACGGUAUAUACCUUCUCCUCUGCCUGACCAACAACUUUGACAAUUUUGGAGGCAAGCGGCAGUACGUGCGGUGGGCGGGGGACGCCGGCCACAACCUCACCUCCGACGACGACUUCUUCACCAGCACCAUCGUCAAGUCCUACUUCAAGAACCACGUCAAGACGGUGCUGACGAGGGUGAACACCCUGACGGGCGUGGCGUACAAGGACGACCCCACCAUCUUCGCCUGGGAGCUCAUGAACGAGCCGCGAUGCUACGCCGACCCAACCGGCGCCAUGGUGCAGGCGUGGGUGGAGGAGAUGGCGCCGUACGUGAAGAGCGUCGACGGCCGGCACCUGGUGACACCCGGGCUGGAGGGGUUCUACGGCGCCGGCGAGCACGAGAGCAAGGAGCUCAACCCGUGGGGCAUCUACUACGGCACCAACUACGUCGCCACGCACCGCACCGCCGCCGUCGACUUCGCCACCAUCCACCUCUACCCGGACGUCUGGCUAUGGGGCUCCAGCGCCGACGAGCAGGCCACUUUCUUCCGGAACUGGACGCGCUCCCACAUUGACGCCACGGCGGCGUACCUCGGCAUGCCGCUUCUCGUCACCGAGUACGGCAAGUUCCUCUGGAAGGAGGUCGGCGCCAACAAGGCGCAGAGGAACUACUUCCUCGACUUGGUGCUCGACGCCAUCUACGCCUCGGCAUCGCGCGGUGGCCCGCUCGUCGGCGGCGCGUUCUGGCAGCUGCUGCUCGACGGUGACAUCGUCGCUGGCAUGGACAGCCUCAGGGACGGGUACGAGAUCAUACUCGCCGAGGACAGCCGCGCCGCGAGCAUCAUCGGCGAGCACUCGGAGCAGCUGGCUGCCCUCAAUGGCCAGGACGCGGAUGUGCUUUGCCGCCGGGCAAGCUCUCACCGGAGGACGCGUCUAGGCAACUCGCUUAGCUGCGGCGGCGGCGACACCCUUGAACUGCUCCUCCGGAUGGUCUUGGCUUGUUUCGUCUCUUUGUCCAGAUCGAUCUCUUCAUUUAUUGUACAGAAUUUCAUUCUUUUGUGAUUUGUUCCAUGCAUCCAUCUUCAUGGGUAUAGCUGUUCGUUGGCACAUGUUGCAACUGUAACUAGGACAAAUUUUCAGGAUUUGUUCAAGAUGAUUGUCCUAAUGUUUUGUACCGUAGUUUUCUUGUAGACUAUAUAGAAUGCUUUCUGUGAAAAAAAAAUACUAUACUUCAAAACAAUCCCAUCUUCCAAUA